AUGGGUACCGGUAAGAAAGAAGCGACCAGAAAGGUCAAGCAAGGGAAAGUAGGAGAUGGCAUGGCCAAUGUUAAGACCAAGGGCGAGAACUUCUAUCGCACUGCGAAGCAAGCCAAGACCUUAAAUAUGUUCAAUGAAGGCAAAGCUCGACACAAUGCCGCAGGAAAGGUUAUUCAAGCUGCAACCUUUCAGAGUAGAGAAACAAAGCCCGCACGAAUUGAGCCCAACAGGAAAUGGUUUACAAACUCAAGAGUCAUUGGUCAAGAUGCCUUGAAUUCUUUCCGAGAAGCCAUGGCUGAGCGAGCGAGUGAUCCUUACUCGGUUUUGCUAAAGACUAACAAAUUGCCAAUGUCACUGAUUCGCGAUGGCCAAGGAAAAAAUGGAUUGAAGCAACAUCAAGCCAAGAUGGCGGUCGAGGCGGCUCCAUUCAGUGAUACUUUUGGUCCAAAAGCACAACGAAAGAGGGUGAAGCUUGGUGUCAGUUCUUUAGAAGAUCUUGCCGACGACAGCGUGAAAAGCCAUGAUACAUAUUUGGAUCGCCUCGAACAAGCAAAGCUUCUGAGUGGAACUUCAAACGACCCUGAAGCCGUUGGAGAAGCUGCUGCAAUCGACGAUGGCCAUAUUACCAGUGCCCGUGAAGCAAUUUUCAGCAAAGGUCAAAGCAAACGUAUAUGGAAUGAGCUUUAUAAGGUUAUUGAUUCUUCAGAUGUGGUCAUACAUGUUUUGGACGCCAGGGAUCCUCUGGGUACCCGUUGUCGGACUGUCGAAAAGUACAUCAAGGAUGAAGCACCACAUAAACAUCUGAUAUUCGUACUCAAUAAGUGCGAUCUUGUUCCUACCGGGGUUGCCGCUGCCUGGGUGCGAUCGCUUUCCAAAGAUUAUCCAACACUUGCCUUCCACGCGUCGAUAACAAAUUCCUUCGGAAAGGGAUCCCUCAUCCAACUCCUCCGCCAAUUCUCCUCCCUCCAUUCUGACCGCAAACAAAUAUCAGUUGGUUUCAUUGGAUAUCCAAAUACUGGCAAAUCAUCAAUCAUAAACACAUUACGAAAGAAGAAAGUCUGCACAGUAGCUCCAAUACCAGGAGAAACAAAAGUUUGGCAGUACAUCACACUUAUGAAACGUAUUUACCUCAUUGAUUGUCCUGGAGUAGUUCCUCCAAGUACUACCGAUACCCCACAAGAUAUUCUACUACGAGGUGUAGUCAGAGUAGAAAACGUUGAACACCCAGAACAAUAUAUUCCUGCAGUUUUGAGUAAAACUAAACCCCAGCACAUUGAAAGAACAUAUGCUCUUAAAGGAUACAAAAACCACAUUGAAUUCUUAGAGCUGCUCGCAAGAAAGGGCGGAAGAUUAUUGCAUGGGGGCGAACCUGAUGUUGAUGGUGUAGCCAAGAUGGUCCUCAAUGACUUUUUGAGAGGAAAAAUUCCGUGGUUUACACCACCUCCCAAACUCGAAGGCCCAGAAGAAACCGGGGUUGAAGGUCGUGAGGGUAGACUGGGCGAAAUGCCACGGAAGAGAAAGCGGGAUGAAGCUGGUGAAUCAGUAGCUGACACUUUUGUUGGAGAUAUUGCGUCAACGAUCGCGGCUGAUGAAGAUGAUUCAUUCGAAGGCUUUGAUAGCGAUAACGAAGAUGGUGGCGUUGAGUUAGACGAUGUCGCUGAUGCUGAAACCAUUGAUAAAGCUUUCGGCAUAGAGUCCGACGAGGAAAGUGAGGCUGACGAUGCUGAUGAACCUGCAGAGGAAGACAAUGCCGAAGCUGCCAACGAGCAACUUCAGAAACAACUUUCAAAAGACUCAAAUACCUCGAGGCGGAAACAGCAAUCAAAGAAGAGAGGUCAAAAGACGUAA